UUCCUACUCUCAAAUCCCUAACUUCAACGUCUCUCUUCCCCAGCAAAAUCAAACUCAUAUCUUACAAUUUUGGACCUCUCAUAUAGAUGUGCGUAUGUAUGACUGAUUUCAAUCGCUGUGGUUUGCUGCUGCUGGCAGCGGCGCUAUCUCUUUUCUGCUCUCACACCGUCUACUGUGAUGGCGGCGGACACGCGGAGGUGCAAUGGCAGAUCCUCACAAAAUUAAACUACUCCUCGCAGAUUCGCCUUCAUCCUCGCCUCCUUCUCCUUGUCACCGUACCAUGUAAUUGAUAGUAAUAAUUUCUCUGUGCAUUUCUUGGGACGUGCUCCCGAUUGGAUUUGAAACCUAAUUAGUCGCUUGGCACGUGUGCUAGAGUUUGGUGUUACCUGCGUAUUGAGCUAGAAUUGAAUCCUGGACAAAUAUGUUUGCCCUAGGAAAAAAUGUUGGUUGUGUUUUUUCCUGCAUAUACAAUUACUUUAAGAAUGAAGGAGGAAUAACGUGUGAUUGAUUGUUUCAGUUCAAGUCGUCUGCCAGAAACGAAAAGAGAAGCAGCAUUUAGCUCUAGUGGAGUAUUAUUUUCUUAUAGUUUUGAGGCCAAAAUCCAUGGAUGUGUCUAUACUCUGUUUGUGCCACAAGUCACUAUAUUUCACGGUCUGGUGAGUCGCGGUCCCUUAUGAAGGGAUUGGCUCAUGCAGUUGCCAGAGAUGAAAUGGGGCUUGGUACCUUAAAACUUAUGGUCUUAUACAAAAAUGUGGAGAGGACGUUAGCCGAUGCACUUGAUGCCACUGAUGGAAUAACAGUCUUUUACUACCAUAAUUCCCUGUCAUAUAAAUAUUGGGGAAGACUUCGAGUCCAGAGCAUAUUGGUCUCCGUGCAUUACGUUAUGCAGCUUUCUCCUGACGAGCAACCUCUUAAAUCUUUAACCACUGCAGAAGAAUUAAGAGAAUUCCUUCAUUCAACUGACAAGGCUGUACUUCUCUUUGACCUUUGUGGUUGGACUCCAAGAUUGGUGGCCAUGAAUGAGUCUACGACUGGAAGUGAUCUAGAAUUGAAGGAGCAUUUGAAUAGACCAAAGGAAGAACUAAUAAAUCAUUCAGGAAAAGGUUUUGUUGGUGCAGACUCCAAAAUGGAGAACAAUGGAACUCUCGUGGGAGAAGAGAAGGAUAACAGGAAGGAUGUGGAGGACGACAUGCCCAGCUGUGGAAGGGACGAGGGUUUUAGUGGACCAUUUUGGACGAAUCAGUUUAGCACUGUAAAUAAUAGUCUUCUGAAGGAGGUAGAAAAUGUUACAGUUAGUGCUGGGGAAUCCUGUUCUUUAUUUGAGUUGCAGCGAUACAAAGUGUCUUUUCAGAAGUUUAUUGAAGUUGCUAGAGAGUUCUUCUUACCUCCUGAGAAGUAUAGAUAUGCUGUGGUUCGUGAAAGAUCACUUCUUCCGUUGUUAAAUGUUGAAGAGCCGAUUUUAGGCUUGGUUACUGUUCAAUUUGCUGGAUGUCCGAGCUGUUCUCAGGUUCUCAAAGAAGUUGAUGAUCUUAAAGCUAUUCUGCAAUCCCAGCCCUCACCUGUUUCAGAAGUUAGAGAUGAUCCUCAUGGAGUUGAUGCAGUUUUACCCACAAAAAGGCCUUCAAUGCUUCUUUUUAUUGAUAGGUCAUCUAACUCAAUAGAAAUAAGAAGGGAGAGUCAGGAAGCUCUGAAUGCUUUUAGAGAGUUGGCAGAACACACUCAGAUGCCAAAUCAGAUCCAUGGACAAGCCAUUACGAGGCCUGACAAGACAUUAGAUACCCACAAGCAUCCAAGACUCCAGCAUUUUGCAUUAUCAGAAAAAAGUGUUCUCGAGGAUAAGAUGUCUAUCACAAUCAUGAAUGAUGGCCAACAAGUUACUCUUGAAAAUCUGGUCUCCAAUUUGCAAGGUCUUAUGUCUGUGCAGGAGAUCUUAACUUAUGCACUCAAGAAAAAGGCGGAGCGGAAACUAAGUUCUCUUGCAAAGGAUGUAGGGUUUCAACUUUUGUCCAAAGAUUUUGACAUUGAAGUUGUAGAACAUCAGCCACCACAUGUUGAGGACCAGUCCGACCUAGCAUCUCGAGAAACACCUGUAGAAGAUUAUCAUGAAGGUGUUGAUAUAGAUAAGAAAAUACCAGCUGACGAUUCUGAUAGAAGGCCUAAUGUGGUAUCCAGUCCUUCUGAUGUUGAAUAUAUAGUGUCAGAAGGCAAAGAAGAUGAUAGUAACAUAUUGUCAUCUGUAGAACCUGAGCAAGGUGAUGCUGAUGAGUCUGAUAGAGGGCCUACUGAGUCUGAUAGAAGGCCUAAUGAUGUGGUAUCCAGUCCUUCUGAUGUUGAAUAUAUAGUAUCAGAAGGCAAAGAAGAUGAUAGUAACAUCUUGUCAUCUGUAGAGCCUGAGCAAGGUGAUGCCGAUGAGUCUGAUAGAAGGCCAAAUGCGGUAUCCAGUCCUUCUGAUGUUGAAUAUAUGGUGUCAGAAGGAAAAGAAGACUGUAGUAACAUCUUGUCAUCUGUAGAACCUGAGCAAGGUGAUGAUAGUUUAAGCAUCACUGCCGAUAGUGCUCAAGGUUUGAAUGUCAGGGAGACGGCCCACUCUGGAUUGGAGGACAAUGAACAGCACACCAAUUUUAAUGUUUCCUUUUUCCUUUUUGAUGGCCAAUACAGAUUACUUGAAACUCUAACUGGAGGAUUAAAUGUUCCAUCAGUUGUCAUAGUUGACCCAAUUUCUGAGAACCACUAUGUCUUAGAUGAGCAAUCAGUUUUGAGCUAUUCUUCGCUAUCUUUAUUUGUUAAUGAUUUCCUAGCCGGAAAGCUUCACCCAUAUCUACAAUCAUCUACUAUAGUUCCUAGCCUGAGAGGUGCUCAAAGACCUCCGUUUGUUAAUCAGGGUUUUCAUGAAACAGAUUCUAUUCCCCUUGUUACAACCCAUACUUUCUCUGAGCUGGUUCUCGGUAAUAAAUCUGACCCCAGGAAUUCUGCCAGUCCUUGGGAUAGGAACGUAUUGGUUCUUUUCAGCAACAAUUGGUGUGGGUUCUGUCAGAGGAUGGAAUUUGUUGUUCGGGAAGUGUACCGAGCUGUUAAGAGUUAUGCUUAUAUGAAGACAAAUAGUUCAAGGAAGGAUAAAUUGGUAAUGGCGGCAGAACAUACUCUUGAUGUCGUUUUGAAGCUUCCACUUAUUUAUAUGAUGGAUUGCACGCGGAAUGAUUGCGGCUUCAUCAUUAGACCAAUACUGCAGAGGGAAGUUUAUCCACUUUUGCUGUUAUUCCCCGCUGAAAGGAAGAAUGAGACCAUAUCCUAUGAAGGAGAUAUUAUAGUUUCUGAUAUAAUCAAGUUUCUGGCUGCUCAUGGCAGCCAUGUAAUAGACCUUAUCACAAAUCGAGAUUUUCUACAGGACCAGAAGUCUGUCGAAGAGGAACUACAGACUAGGAACUCACACCACGAAGUUCUACUCAAAGACCUAGUGCAAAAUGUUGCAGUUAAAUACAAGAUUGAUGCUCAGCUAUCUUCAAAGUUACAAGAAAAGCCUCAGUUGUCUGUUGGUUGUGUUCUAAGUGCAACGGAAAAGCUUCUGGACGUUCACCCCUUUGACGAAUCCAAGAUUCUAAUAGUGAAUGUGGAUGAAAAAAGUGGAUUUCGAGGUCUGAUAAUUAACAAACAUAUCGGAUGGGACUCUCUUGAAGAACUUGGUGAAGGAAGCUUUGAAUAUUUAAAGGAGGCACCCCUUUCUUUCGGCGGCCCAGUCAUGAUGCGUGGAAUGCCACUUGCUGCGUUAACACACAAAUUUUUUGAAGGCCGAUCUCUGGAAGUCCUGCCAAACUUCUACUUGAUGGAUCAACUGGCGAUGCCUGGCCUAGUCGAAGAUAUAAGAGCUGGAAACCAAUCUGUUGGCGAUUUCUGGUUCUUUCUGGGAUAUUCUAGCUGGGGUUGGGAACAACUAUAUACUGAGAUUGCUCAAGGUGCUUGGAAUGUGAGCAAAGGCGAUUUAGAACAGUUAGAGUGGCCGUGGCGAUGACACGGGCUGCAGUUGCAUCAAAUGAGGACAGGGAAUUUUGAGUGUGAGUUAUGAAUCCUGAAUCCUGCAGCAGCCACGGCCUGUUUGUAUGGAUAAUUUAGUAUGCUUGUGAAACUAAUGUACAAAUUGAUUUUCAUUCUUUCCUUCUCUCCAUGAAAUUGAUGGGUCAUUAUGCUGCCUUGAU